UCUUGGGCCUGCCCAAGGAAAGCCAUGAUGGGGUGAGCUCGGCGCCGUGUCCCGUUACUCUAGCAACGGUCUCCGGAGCCCAUGGCUACCUAGCGACUUUUCGGACUGUGCCGAGUCUGGGCCGCUUGUCCCCAACUCAUAGGGCCUUGCAGCCCGGUUGACCCGAUGUUUCAUGGAACAGUUGUAAAAGAGCUAACCAAUCAUGAAGAAUGGAGUCACUAUAAUGAUAACAUGAUAGAAGAUCAGAAAGAUUUUGUUUUUGUGAGGUUCAGUGGCCUUCAUUUAAGAUCUAUGGAAAAUUUGCAAUCUUGUAUCUCUCUUAGAGUAUGCAUCGUUUCAAACAACUUUAUUACAGAUAUUUGUCCACUUAAAAGUUGUAUAAAAUUAGUCAAACUUGAUCUCCAUGGCAAUCAGAUAAAAAGUCUACCAGAUACCAAAUUUUGGAGUGAAUUGAAGAACCUAAAACUCCUCUAUCUUCAUGACAAUGGUUUUGCGAAGUUAAAGAAUAUAUAUAUGUUAUCUGCCUGUCCAAGCCUCAUUGCCCUCACCAUGUUUGAUUGUCCAAUAAGCCUUAAAAAAGAAUAUAGACAUUUUCUUGUCAACAGUAUAUGGCCUCUCAAAGCACUGGAUCAUCAUGUGAUUUCUGAUGAAGAAAUAAUUCAGAACUGGCAUCUUCCUGAACGAUUCAAAACAUAUAACUGUCGCCUUUUCUUUGAAUUCUGCACUGCUUUGAAAAAGGGAUCAACCUAUGAGGAUGAAAUUAGUAAUAUUAAAUAUAUUAUUUCAAAAAUUAAUGAAAUUCUGGCUCAUAAUUCACCAGUUUUGAUUAUUCAAAGAUGGAUACGUGGUUUCUUAGUUAGAAAAAAUUUGAGACCCUUGUUUUUGUGUAGAAAACAUCACGAAGAAUUUAUUAGUGAAACAAAAUGGAUUUACAUACACAAAAGAUAUGAAGAUAAGAUCUUUAAGGAUCUCUUUUUUCAGCCUGAAACUAAUAAAACAGGAAAGCUUGCACAUUGGAAAUAUAGUAUAUAUUCUCCUAUUGGUUUAAAAACUUCUAGUGAACAGAGAAAACAUGUUUCUUCUAUUUUAUAUGAAUUAAAAACGAAAGAUAUUGGCAUAAAAUCAAAAAAAUCAAGACAUCUCAUUCAAAAAGGUCAGAAGGAGUUUAAAGAUGAAACUGAGGAUGAAGAAUUGGAUGCCAGUUUUAGGAUAUCAGUGUUCAAUCUACCCAUACAUACUUCAGAUUCACUGAAAUAUCCUUCAGUAUUAAAAGAGAAGGAACAAGAUACUUUUCCUAUAUAUGCCCAGCCAUUUUCUACCACUCAUCCAAAACCAGUAAUUAAAAAAAAAGAUACACUGUUGGAAAGGAAUGCAAGAAGAGAGUUUUUUACAACACACAGAGCUGGUAUAAAACUCCAGACACUUUGUGAUAUUGAUGAAUAUUACUCAGAAGAAAAGAAGCAGGAAAGCCAUAAAAAAAACGUAACAGCUGUAACCAGGGCACAAGUUGCCCAGGAAAGAGUUAGCUUAACUGUUCAAGAAAACUUAAAUAAGAAAAAAUAUGCUGCACAAAAACUAACUGCAAAAGAUAAUGAGACAAUUCGGGACAGUUUACAACAACUUUUGCAGGACAGAUUCAACUACCUUGAAAAAGUUAGAGAGAGGAGAGCCCUAUUUCUAGAACAAAAAAAACAAAAGGCUGAAGAACGUUUAUUAAUUCAAAAUUUAAAUAAUGAACUCACUCUUUUGACCAAAGGAAUGAUUAAAAUGGACAGACUGAGAAAGAAUCAGGCUGCUUUAAAAGAGAAACGUCUGAUUGUUCAGCAAAAACUGGAAACGGAAAAAUAUCGAAAGGAUUUACUGAAACAAAUGAAGGAAAUUAAGGCUCAAGAAACAUAUAAAAGACACCGUGAAGAAAAAUUUGUUAUGGAUAUGAUUGCCUUUCAAAAAGCUUGUGAAAGAUUCCAAGAUGCUAAAACACAAGUUGCAAUUGUGAAAACGAAUUUAGUCUUUAAAGUUCCGAAAGGAAUGACAAGAUGAACCAAUGUCAGAUCACAUCCUGUGGUCAUUUCGAAUUAUGACCACUAUUUUUAGUUAAAAGACUUUGAAAUAAUACUAUGAAAGAG